CUGUUAUACACAAGCAGCACUCUACAUGCUACAUUAAAUGUUGAAUGCUCCAUCGGUACGAUCUGUCCUUCACUCGAAAAGCCUGCACUGGACGCUGUUCACUCCGACCUGCUAAAUGGUUUUUCUAGGGUGCAGAUUAUAGAUGGUGUUGAGCACCGUAUGCUUUCAUAUGCAAAAUAUUUGACAAAAUUACAGUUUCCGGAUGCAUCUCGUCUUCCGUUACUUUGCCGAUCUGCUCAUUUUAAUCGACUAUCGAAGAAAUGCUCUAUAUAUUCGGAUUCCAUCAAUCCAAAUGGAUACCUACAAUACAAACCGAAUUCAAAUGUUCUUUACAUGGAAAAAUUAUGCAUAUCAGAUGUGAUUUUGCCGCUGUCAUGUGAUGAAGCUUUCCGAAGAAUACCACAGCACAUUUUGCUCGGACAUGCAUCAGAAAUUCUCACAUCAACCAGCGAAGAAGAGUGUAUACGGGAGUGUAUAUUGGCGAAGGUGAAUCGUGGAUUUGAGUGUCAGUCACUGCUUCAUUACCCUGAUCAACCGGUAUCGAACUGUAUUCUCAAUAUUCAUUCAAGGAGAACAAGACCAGAAUUUUUCAUCCCAGAGCUGGAAAAGAAAGUCGACUAUGUUCAGGUUCCUGAAUGUGCUAAAAGGCUUGUCGAAGGUCGAAUUGAGCCUAAAAACUUUUCUAAAAGAGGAGUAAGACUACCAUCGGGUGUGGGGAUCGUGGAAUCUGAAUGGUCGGAAUGGACGGCCUGUGAUCUACAGACGAGCACUCGCAGGCGCGAUCGCCUUUGUUCGGAUUGUGUGGAACGAAUUCAAAUACAACCAUGUUUCUCCAAUGAAAGCUUCAACCUUCUACUAAAUACAUUCAUUGAUGAGCACGACGAAGGUAUUGUUCGUUUCGCAGUGAUAAAUUUUAGUUCUCCUAAUAAUUAA